UGCAGCGCAUGACAAGAUCACCAACAAGAUCACCAAGACGCUGGACGUCUUUCAAGAUCGUCAAGACCUCGCCGUCUCUGCGCAGCACAUACCCACCGGGCACUGUUCGUCUCCGGCUUCGCUUUUCCGAGCUGUUCCACUGGACGCCGGUUCAGUGUGGUCGGAGUGCAGCGCAUGACAAGAUCACCAAGAUGCUCAUCGUCUUUCAAGAUCAUCAAGUCCUCUCCGUCGCUGCGCAACGCAUGCCACCCGGCACUGUACGUCUCUGGCUUCACUCUUUUAAGAAUGCCACUGGAUGAUUUCGGAGCGCUUGAGAAUCGCCUCUGCGGAAGGGGAACGCACGCUUCAAGAAUCGUCUCUGCGAGACCGCUGGUGGGCCGGCCCGCGCAUCAAGAAUCGCCUCUGCGGACAGGGAACUCAGCCGACCAGUGGUCUCUCAGAGACGGUUCCGGACAGGGAACUCGGCGAGCCCACGCUUCAAGAAUCAUCUCUGCGAGACCGCAGGUGGGCCGACCCGCGCAUUGUCGAAUGCUGGUUCGUUGCGCAUGGCAAUUGCAUUGGGGAGCGCGCUGGGCAUUGUUAGACAGUGGAGGCCAACCCAAUGAUUGCCCUGAAGACGACCAUUGAUGAGCUUGAGGGAAUGGUAUACGCGCAGCAAGAUAGUGGAGGCGAACCCAAUGAUUGCAUGGUGCUCGGACGCUGGAGCACCUUCGGAGUCAAUGGUGCAGCUCACACUCCAUCGCCCAUGUGCAUAGUCACGACGGCCCCUCUGCGGGGUGCAUUCUCAAGGGAAGUACGGUUAUUCAUCGGUAAGUUUUAACUAUGUUACGAGUUAUGCGGGCAGUCCACCGUUGGUGUGAUCGACAUGUUCAGAACGUGUCUCUACUCCUGCGGCAUGGGGAUGAAAUGCUGCGCCUUGCUACGCCGUCUGAGGAAACUCGAAACCGAGCUCACUCGUCUACGUGUUUUCCGGACGGACGACGCAAGAUGUGGUUCGCCCAUGUUCAUAACAUGUCCAUGCCGAUACGUCAUUCCUGGAUGGAAAUGCAUGUCGUAUGCACGGGGAGUAUACCUUUGCGUAAAAAUGAGCUCAAUCCUGUACGACUUGUGUGUGAACUGGAACGAAACUUCCAUGGCGUGGCGCGCAUGUGCGCGCCCUGUCCAUGGUGAACCGCGCACGCAAAAUGCGGAUGUCUGCGCAUGUCAUGUCGCCCAUAAGCCACACCACAAACUCGCAGAGUUUAGGAUACUAUAGUAUGUGCCUGAGCUCUGUCGUUUUACGAGUUGUGUUGAGGACGGCGCAAUUGUAUGCAACUGUUUAAAAGAGGUUUUAUGCACGAGCCUCAUUGUCAUGUUUGUGCCAACUUGGGAGCAUGCCGCAUUGGUGAGGGCGGGAUCUGCACGUAAUACUCUCAUGUCAACAUCCGCCUGGGUGCUGCUGCUAAUCAGGUGGGUUGCUUGAAUCUACUCGGCAUCGCGGGAGCACUCACGCGGUGGCAGAAUAGAGACUGUCCGCUGAAGUGGUGUCAGAAUGUCAAAAGAGAUGCGAGUGUUGGUGAAUCUUGCUGAGCAUGAUUGCAAUCUCUGCUUUCGCCAUCUUAACUUAGCACACGUCGCCGUCUGACACAGCGCGAUCAGAUCACACUGACGGAUGUAGGUCUCUGUAGACUUGGAAUUUCGCUACCUGUACAGUACGCACCCAACUCCACAAGUGGCAGUGCGUUCAGCUAUCGGACAUGUCCGAACUGAUAACAAAGGCGACGGUCGAGUGGCACAGUCAUAUUAACCCGCCCCGACCACUGGUGCCAAUGCUCGUAGAAUGUCAAAGAGAUGAGUGUUUGUGAAUCUUGCCGAACGUGGAUGCAAUCUCAGCUCUCAGCAUUUCAACACACGGUGCCGUCUGACACAGUUCGAGCAGACAUUACGUUGAUGGUCGUAUGUACGUGUGAAUUAUACCGCGCAUGUUGAUGGCGGCGCAAGACUAGACACACAAGGCAUCAUCUCGUUCAGUUACACGCCCUAACAAAGUGAUGGGAACGACCAACGGGCAUAUCCUCUGUGAGAUUCUGUUGCAUUGUUUUCGUAAUUGACCGGAGUAGUAGACAAACCAACAAUGCUUGUCAUUGUCUAGUCUUUGCUGAAAGAGCUCAUCUGUGGCUCCUCGUGUAGGGGUAGAUUCCACAAGGAUGGCUUUGGGAUCGUGUGAGGCAGGUGUGUUUCUCCCACAGUCAACGUGCUGACGUUGACCAACUCUACUGAACGCGCGCGCUUGUUGUCCCUCGUGGGAAAAAAAACGUCAUUGGGAAAAUAAAAUAUUUAAUUUACCAUUCUCGUUCUAAAUUCAGC